UAGCGUCCACCCGAUUCAUUCACGAAUUCAAACCCUAUAUUUGACGGAGCGAGACCAAAGGGCUUAGGGCAGAAGCAGAGAAGAUGGCUCAUAGGCUGCUGAGAGAUCUCGAAGCAGAUGGAUGGGAGCGCUCAGACUUCCCAAUCAUAUGCGAAUCGUGCCUCGGCGACAACCCAUACGUUCGAAUGACAAAGGCGGAUUAUGAUAAGGAGUGUAAAAUUUGUACGCGACCCUUCACAGUUUUUAGGUGGAGGCCAGGUCGUGAUGCAAGAUUUAAAAAAACUGAGGUUUGCCAGACAUGCAGUAAGUUAAAAAAUGUUUGUCAAGUUUGUCUUCUCGAUCUCGAAUAUGGCUUGCCAGUUCAGGUUCGAGACAGUGCUCUUUCAAUCAAUUCCAAUGAUGCCAUUCCAAAGAGUGAUGUGAAUAGGGAAUACUUCGCAGAAGAGCAUGACCGUAGGGCAAGAGCUGGUAUAGAUUAUGAAUCUUCAUUUGGAAAAGUACGCCCAAAUGAUACUAUUUUGAAGCUCCAGAGAACGACACCAUAUUACAAAAGGAACCGAGCACAUGUUUGCAGUUUCUAUGUUCGGGGUGAAUGCACAAGAGGUGCUGAGUGCCCCUAUAGACAUGAGAUGCCCAUCACUGGGGAGUUAUCACAGCAGAAUAUAAAAGACCGUUACUAUGGAGUGAAUGAUCCAGUGGCAUUAAAGCUACUUAACAAGGCUGGUGAAAUGCCCUCAUUGGAACCUCCUGAGGAUGAGAGUAUUAAAACCCUCUAUGUGGGUGGACUUGAUGCUAGAGUCACCGAGCAGGACCUAAGGGACCACUUUUAUGCCCAUGGUGAAAUAGAAUCAGUAAGAAUGGUGCUCCAACGAGCAUGUGCCUUUGUAACGUACACAACCAGGGAAGGUGCUGAGAAGGCAGCAGAAGAGCUUUCAAACAAACUGGUCAUAAAAGGGUUGAGGCUGAAAUUAAUGUGGGGUAGACCACAGGCACCAAAACCUGAAGGAGAAAGCUCUGAAGAAGCAAGGCAGCAGGCAGCACUGGCUCAUGGCGGGAUGUUGCCAAGGGCUGUUAUCUCCCAGCAGCAGAACCAGGUAAUUCAACCCCCAGGCACUCAGGACCAACCUCCACCACCCAUGCACUACUUCAACAUUCCACCUCCACCACAGCAGGAGAGGACCUUCUAUCCAUCGAUGGAUCCUCAAAGAAUGGGUGCUCUUGUUCCCUCCCAGGAGGGGGCUCCUAGUGGGUCUGCAGGGCCAAGCGAGAACAAAGCUGGUUCAGACAAGCAGCAACAGGGGCAGCAUUAUGCUUACCCGGCCAUGCCUCCACCACAAGGUCAAUUUCACCAGCAGUUUUAUCCACCAUACGGCUAUAUGCCACCCCCUCCACCUUACCAGCAGUACCCUCCGCCAUACCCCUCUGCAAUGCCACCACCACCUCCUCCGCCACCACAGGCAUCCCAACAGUUUCAACAUUCUGCUCCACCAGGGCCAUCCCAGCAGUGAAAAUGCUCAUAUUUUUGUUUUACAUGUUGGUUACUCUUAUGUACUUGUUCGGUAAACUCAUAACUGGCCUUGUAAUUUGGAUAUGAAAAUUUUCUUAUUCAACCUCUUGGCUUAAAUCUUUUAUGUGAUACCUCCAUUGGUGUCACACUAUGGCCUCUUAUUUUAUUUUUUUUC